GCAACAUUUGAUGAAAUCCGGUCUUCGCGUAGCAGGUACAAGCAAACCGAGUCACUGGAGAGACGACACACCGUGAAGAUUGCUGCCCGAGAUGGAGGAGAGACGUCGCGAUGCCGGAACCCUAGCCUCGGCGGAUAUCGCUGGAGGUUCUCCGGCGUCGGAGCCGGCGACAAGGCGACGAGCCGGAGCUCUUAAGAGGAAGGCGAACGCCGUCGGGGCAUCGAAUUCCUCUUCCACGCCGUCAAAGCGGAUGAUGACGCGGGAGAAGGCGAUGCUUGCGUCUCUUUCACCGGUCCAGAACGGUCCGCUAACUAGAGCUCGUCAGGCGCCGAGCGCCCUUGCGUCGUCGGCUACCGCAGCGGGGGUGGUGAAGCAGGAGAUGGUGAACGCCGCGGAGGCGGCGGUCGGCGAGAAGCCGAAGGAUGAGGAGGAAUUGAACCAGGCGAUCCGAGAGUGGGAGGCGUUGGAGGCUAAGAUCGAGGCUGAAUUUGAAGCUAUUAGAUCUCGCGACAGUAAUGCUCACGUUGUGCCUUAUCAUUGUGGUUGGUUUUCAUGGCAAAAGAUUCAUCCUCUAGAGGAGCGUUCGCUUCCCUCAUUCUUUAACGGGAAGUCUGAAGGCCGUACUUCUGAGGUUUAUAUGGAAAUACGAAAUUGGAUCAUGAGGAAGUUUCAUUCAAACCCAAACAUGCAGAUAGAGCUGAAAGAUUUAACAGAACUUGAGGUUGGUGACUCAGAUGCGAAAGAGGAGGUGCUGGAAUUCUUGGAUUUCUGGGGUUUGAUCAAUUUUCACCCAUUUCUACCAGCAGAAUCUGGUUCUGCUGCUGUUGAUGAUGACGAGGUAGAAGAUAAGGAUUCACUGCUUAACAGUUUAUACCACUUUCAAGCAGUUGAGGCUUGCCCAGCUCCCGUUCUUAGGCCUAAUCUCACGGCACAAGCUAUUCCAUCAGGAUUGUUUCCGGAGUCGAUGGUAUCUGAUGAUUUGAUGAAGCAGGAGGGUCCUGAGGUGGAAUACCACUGUAACUCCUGUUCAGCUGAUUGCUCUCGCAAGCGUUACCAUUGCCCAAAGCAGGCUGAUUUUGACUUAUGUACGGAAUGCUUUAACAGCGGCAAGUUUGGCUCGGACAUGUCUUCUUCUGAUUUUAUUCUUAUGGAGCCUGCUGAGGCCCCUGGUGCGGGUAGUGGGAAGUGGACUGAUCAAGAGAAUCUUCUUCUCCUUGAAGCCUUAGAACUCUUCAAAGAAAACUGGAAUGAGAUUGCAGAGCAUGUUGCUACGAAAACAAAAGCUCAGUGUAUGCUGCAUUUUCUUCAAAUGCCGAUAGAGGAUGCAUUUCUUGAUCAAAUUGACGAUAAAGAACCAGGCUCAAAAAAACCUGCUGAUUCAGUUGCAUCUAAGGAUGGCAAAUCUGUUGAAAAAGAUGCACCUGAAUCAACAGAGCGUGUUAAUGACGGUGAGAGUUUGACUUCUCCUAAGGACUUUCCGCAACCAGGAGAUGACAAUGAAGGGAAAAUUUCUCAGGAAUCUUCAAAAACUGAAGAUGCAAGUCAAGAGGCAAAUGAAGUGAAAGUUGACCAGAACACGUCAAAACCGGACACCGUUAAUGAUGUAACAUGUAAAGACGAGGCAGGAGAAGACAUCGCUCUGAAAGCUCUUGCAGAAGCAUUUGAAGAUGUUGGAUAUCCCUUAAAGGCUGAAACUAACCUUUCCUUUGCUGAUUUAGGAAAUCCUGUCAUGGGAUUGGCAGCCUUUCUGGUGAGAUUGACGGAAUCUGAUGUUGCUACGGCUUCGGUCCGUGCUUCCCUAAAGUAUGCUGAUAGUAGUUCUCCUGGGUUGUGGCUUGCUACAAAUAAUUGCUUUUUUCUCGAAGAUCCACCAGACAACAAGAAAGACUCAACUGGUUUUGAAAGUGUUGAUGCAGAAGUUAACCAUCAUAACACCCAGAAAGAUGAGCAACCAGAAGAAAGAAGCCAGGAACGAAAAGACCAGUCCUUGACUGCAGAUGGAGUAGAGAUAUCAAAUACUGAUCAAAGCAAAGAAACUCAGGAUUCGGUCUCUGGUGAAAAGCAACCCGGUUCUCCAACUGAUGAAUCUUCUAGAAAUCCAGAUGCCCUACGAGAAAAAAGUAAGACAAGUUUGUUAGACAAAUCUUCUGAAAAGGAGCUUCUGCGGGAGAAAGACUCUGAAAAGGAUGUAAAUAAGCUUUCUGGGGAAAGUAAAGAGCCCUGUCAAGUUACAUACUCGCAAUCCGAUGUAGAUGCUUCUCAACCCGCAAAAACGGCAACAGAUGUAGAGAUGGUUGAUACCUUUGCUUCAUCUAAGGAAACUCAUGAUACAACAGCUAAAGACAUGCAAGACGAGGUUCAAGAGGCUAAAGAGAAUACAAAGGAUGUGCUUGUUGCGCCUAACACAUCUAAUGGACAGCAACCUGUUCGGUCAGCUUCACCAUCCACAAACGGAGCAACCGAUGAAGAUUCAAAUAAAGAAGGCAAGAAAGAGAAGCAUCUUUGUGAAGUUACUGAAGACAAAAGUAACAUGGGGAAGCUAAAGCGUGCUGCCGUCUCUGCUCUCUGUGCCGCAGCAGUGAAGGCAAAGCAUCUGGCGAAACAAGAAGAAGACCAAAUCCGACAACUCUCUGUGUCCUUAAUAGAAAAGCAGUUGCAUAAACUGGAAAUGAAGCUAACUGUCUUCAGUGAGAUGGAAAACCUGACAAUGAGGGUACGAGAGCAACUAGAACGAUCAAGACAACGGCUAUACCACGAAAGGGCACAGAUAAUAGCCGCACGCCUUGGUGUACCGCCCACAUCGUCGUCUUCUUCAAAAGCAUCGCUACCGACCAAUAGAAUCGCCGCAAAUUUCGCCAACGUGGUUCCACGGCCUCCUCCAAUAGGAAUGGCCUAUCCGCGUCCACCUAUACCAAGACCCAUGGCUACAUCGGUUUUGGCUGGGAGCUCGGGUCCGCCUCCGCCUCCGGGUUCAGACAAUGUUUCUUAGGUCUAAAUUCGCGGAGUAGCUCCUUGUUUUAAGAUCGCUUGAACUUGCUUGCUUUUAUUUUUUUUGAAGGGUAUCCGGAUUUUGUUGUGUAGGAGAUGGUGAUCGAGGAGGGGAUCCAUCAAUUCAUGCUUAGUGUGUAUUAAGUUUUAAGGAGUUUGUAUAACCUUCAAAAUUUUAUUAGAAACUGUCUUUGCACAAAAUUUGAAUCAA